CAACAAUAUGUCUAUCAAUAAGUUACUGACUGUCGGUUUGUUAGUUGCCUCCAUGACCUACCAGUGCUCGUUGGCCAGUCCCGAAUGGAUGGCCUUUCACAAGGAAAUCAAGGACGGCCUAUGCAAACCCGAUACUACCGAUACGGCUAAAGUCGAUCGGGUAGUUGAAUGCAAAUCAAAACAUAUGGUCAAAAAUGCCGAUGAAAUGAAUGCUAAAAUGGCCGAAUUGGAUAAGGAGUGUAGUCCGGGAUCGGAGGCCGACCUCAAGGCCUAUACCAAAGUCGAUACGGCCGGUGACCUCAAACGCAAGAUGACACUGUCCUCGUGGUGUAGCGAAUCGUUUCAUAAGUGUAUGAAAGAUAAAUGGGUUAAAAAACAUAAAGAAUCCGCUGCUUCGGGUACCGGUGCCGGCGAUGGUGAUGAUGCACCCAAAAAAUUUGAUCAAGCUAAAAUAACCGAAUUUCAGACAUGUAUAAGAACUGCCAUAAAAUAAAAGCUAAAAAAAUCAUUAACUAAUUGAUUGAUUAAUUGAUUAAUUAAUUGAAUGAUUGACUGU